AUGUCGGACCUAUUGAGAUCUUUAUCAAUUCCUUCUCUUUCUACUCGUUCUGCAUUUUCUAGACGUCGAUUUGUUACUCUUCAAUUGACUGAUGUUUCAUUACCCGGUUCUUCAUCAGUACCCCCUCUAUCAAUUGGAACUUCGACAGCUACUUCUUUAUCGGCUGGACCAUUGUCAGUUGGUUCAUUACCAGUUGAGCUUCCACUUCCAUCAAUUGAAAUUCCAUCAAUUGACCUUUCAUCUAUCGAACUUUCAUCGAUCGAACUUCCAUCAGUUGGACCUUUAUCCGUUGGAUCACUACCAAUUGAGCUUCCACUUCCAUCAAUUGACCAUUCAUCAGUUGACCUUUCAUCUGUCGACCUUCCAUCAAUUGAACUUCCAUCAAUUGACCUUUCAUCAAUCGAACUUUCAUCAAUCGAACUUUCAUCAAUCGAACUUCCAUCAGUUGAACCCUCAUCAAAAAUACCUACAUCAGAUAGAUUUCCAUUUGCCGAAUCUUCAUUAACUACAUCCUCAUCACUCGAACCACGAUUACUUGAACCUAGAUCAUUUGGUACCCGGUUACAUGGAUACCCCAUAGCUGGUCCAGAUUACCAAGUAUCAAAUGGAUCCAAUCCUGAAGUUUAUCAUAUUGAUGUCAAAACAUUCCCAAGUACUUCUCCAUGUACUGUCUAUAAUUUGCCCGCUCUUGGAUAUGAUGCUUCUGAUAUACUUGCUGUCAUUGGAAAGGUACAGGGAAUGGGCAAAUUUGAUAGUGAUACUUGCCACCAUUAUGCUAAAAUUUGGGAGAUGUGUACAACACCAUCUACACUCAAGAUUUUUUCUGAAGGUACAGAAGGUGUCUUGGGUACUCAUGUUACUUUAGUUUUGAAAUCCAAAGAACCUACUGGUCUUUGUGCAGUUAUUGGAAGAACUCAGGAUUUUCUUCUAGGAGAAUUAGGUACAUCGGAUCAUGCACUCAUUGUGAGUUCGUACGUUUCAACGAUGGCAAAUAAAUUGAAUGAUUUCACUGGGUGUUUGGAGGAUUCGGAAAAUGACGUACAAUGUAAUAUGGUUUUUAUAAAAUGUCCUCGAGGAUGCAAUUCGGAAGAAUCUAGAAGAUCUCGUUAUGCUUGUGCUUUCGGAGUGUGUCAUGGUCUGCAUGAGGUUCCAUCUCAUGGACUUCAAGGAGAUCUUCCCAAAAUAAGGGCAGAAAUUAAUAUGGGAUACUGGAGAACUUGGAGCGAAAAAGCUUAUUGUGUUCCUUCAAUUGAGAGGGAAGAUUGUGGUUUACUAAUGAUAGCUACAAAUAGUAGGACAACUGGUAAUCUCCGAGCAAUAUCUACCGUCAUGACUCAUCCAAUUGAUGUCAAUCCAAUUCAAGAAGCUUUGAAAAAGAUUAAAGAUGAUGGAGGAAAUUUAAUACAAGUUUUCGCAACAGUCAAUCCAAAUAAAAGGGGAGCCGGUGGUGUUCAAUUUUCCAAUGAACAAAUCAAUUCUGCUUUUCAUUCAAUGAAUAAUGAUCCUAAUAUGUCAGGAGAUCAGCAUGUUAGAGCAGCUGUAGGAGGUCAACUUGCCGCAUUGUGUGGAAAUACAAAUAUAUACGUAUCCGGUGGUGGAGAUGGACAAGGACCAUGGGGAGGUGGAAAUUUAUGUUUUAUUUACAAGAUUGAUUCACAGAUUAAUGAAGUACCGGUAGAUUGGAUGGAUUUGGAUAUUGAGUUUGACUUGAAUGAAGCUGAGAUGAAUGCUUUGGCUUUAUCUGAAGGUAAUAGUGGGUUGAAUGUUAUGGCUAUACCUGGAGUCAAUGACCAGGAUAUUAUGGUCAUACCUAGGGUCAAUGAUGACCAGAAUACUAUGGCUAUUCCUCAAGUUAAUAGUGGGUUGAAUAUUAUGGCUAUGCCCGAAGUCGAUAGUGGGCUGAAUACUAUGGUCAUACCUGGAGUCAUUGACCAAGAUACUAUGGUCAUACCUCAAGUUUACAGUGGGUUGGAUACUAUGGCCAUUCCUCGAGUUUACAAUGGGCUGGAUACUAUGACUAUGUCUGAAGUCAACGAUGAGCUGAAUUCUAUAGCCAUUCCUCAAGUAAAUAAUAGUCUAAAUUUCACGACUAUAUCUGAACUCAAUACUGAGCCAAAACGCAAGAGGUCUCGAUUGGAAUAA